AUGGUCUCCACGGUGUCCAUGAGGAGAGAGUCGUGGCUCCUGCUGUCUGGAUUGUCCAGCGAGGCACAGAACUCCUUACAGGACCUUCUGUUUGAUGGCAAGGCCAUGUUUGUGGAACAAACAGACUUGAAGUUACAUGAGUGGUUGCGGCUGACUUCGGACCGUCUGGUCGGUUACACCCUCCAGUUUACUUGUACUCCACCCACUCCCUCUCCAUCCCCAUCCCUCUUCAGGGAUCCCUCUCAUGAGAGCCUACUCAAGCAGGAGGUGAUGCGGCUCCUUGGCUUAGGAGCUGUGGAGGUGGUGCCAGCGGAGUUCAGACGCAAGGGGUUCUACUCCUGCUAUUUCUUUAUUCUGAAGGCCAAAGAGCAGGUCAGGCCUAUCCUGGACCUGCGAGGCCUGAACCAGUACAUGGUUAGGCCCCCAGUCCCACAGUGGGAUCUGAACUUGGUGCUGGUCAGGUUAACUCCAUUUGAACUGCUAGCUACAUGCUCCUGGUCACACCUCUUGUGGAAGAGAGUCUUUCUGGUGGUAAUCACGUCCGCUAGACGGGUCUCAGAGCUCCGGGCCCUGACCUCCAAACCCCCGUACAUAGUGUUCCAUAAGGAUAUGGUCCAGCUCCGACCACAUCCUUCAUACCUCCCUAAGAUGGUCUCCGCCUACCAUAUGGGCCAGGACAUUUUCCUGCCAGUGCUUUGUCCCAAACCCCAUGCAUCCAGUGAGGAGCACCGCCUCCACAUGCUGGAUGUGAGACAGGCUCUGGCUUUUUACCUGGAACAUACAAAACCGUUCAGAAAGUCUUCGCAACUGUUCAUCACCUCAGCUGAACGCAUGAGAGGUCGGCCGAUCUCCACUCAGUGGCUCUCCAACUGGAUCACCUUGUGUAUCCGACUUCUGCUCCCCAUAGUGCAGCCUGUCUGCAGCAAGUCAUCCCCGGUUCCAGGCAGUCCAUUGUCUGACAGCGAGUACCAGGUCUUCUUUUCUGCUUUGAUGCCCUCCUGGAAGGCAGGUGUAGCCUGCCAGAUCCGACGUACUCAAGGGUGCCACGACCCUAAAGUCAUCCGGCUGGACCAGUUUGAGAACCACGGCUGGAUCCCAGAGGGCCCCGUCUGUUCUGACCUCCCAGAUGCCUCAUGGUUUCAAACCUUUUGCCAGUUUGCACAGUAUCGCUGCUCCAAUCGCAAGUACUACACCAAGCGGAUCCUGUGUCCUGAAAUGGCUCCCCACAAAGAACCUCGUGCCCAAGGAGAGGUGUUUGAUACCAUGGGCUUCUGGGCAAAAAGCAACUGGUCUUCCCGUGCUGGGUCCACUAGUGAAGCAGCACAGAGUCAGGCAGUCCCCAGACCCAUGAGUCAGGCUUCCCAGCUGCAUCCGGACAUCCGUCUCCACUCCAAUGUGAACACCAUUCUGAAAUAUGCCUAUGCUGUCUCAGGCCAGGAACCAGUGAUCAGGAGCCAUAUCCCCGGCAUGCCAGCCCAGAGAAGUCUCGAGCCUGGAGUGGGCCCAGAGGUGGCAGGCCCCCUGCAAGUCCAGUCAGUCACAGCCACCCCUGAAACUUCCCCGUCAGUCAUAAGACCCAGUAACAAGACUGGAAGGGCCGCAGAGCAGCACAUGCAGAAGAGCAUCCAGCAGCUGAUCAACUCAGCUCUCUCCUUGGAGGGCUCUCCGGAGAUGGAGACCACUCAGGUGCCCCCAGGCACUACACCAGAUUCGAAGGGCUCAUUCAGCAGUGCCCAGGAAGAGAUCUCAGAUGCAAGCAGCAGUGGCAGCCUCUUAGCUCUGGAAAGGGAUGAGGCUCUGGUGAUUCUCUGCUAUGCAAUGCUGGAGGGCAUCUGCCUCUCAUCAGCCAUUACCCAGGCUUGGAAGCGAAUGGAGGCAAGAACCCUUGAUUUUGGGGAUUCGGUGUGCGAUAGUCUUGGAAGGCACCACAUGGAUCUGUGCCCUGACUGUGCCUUCUGCUCACUGAAGAGGGAGCAGUGCCAUGCGGUGUCAGAUUUGAGACGUGUUCACUGUGAUGCUGGGACCUUCACUACCUACAUCAACCCUGAGAUCUCUGCCCAGUAUCAAGCUGUGGGCAAUAAGGUUGGUUCCCUGGAGGCAAUGGGGUAUUAUGGGAUGGAGGUGUACGGAGGGCUGCGUGCACAUUAUUGGUGUGACCGCCUGGCCACACAUGGCUGUGAUGACCCCCGUGUGAUCCUUUGGCUGCAAGUGGAAUAUGCUUUCUUCCAAGGAGGAGACUUCCCAAACAAAAUCUGUGACUCAGACAGAGUUCAGCACCCUAAUUACUGUGCAUUCAAGAGCCACCAGUGCCUACAGCGCAGCCUCAGCAGCCAGAAGGUGCUUCGUCAUGGUUGCCGCAGGAAUGAGACAUAUCAAGUGCUGAGUGAAGAGAAAGGCGAGGAGGAGGUGCUGCUCUGGAGCCAGAAAUUCUUCAGCUUGACUGAGGGAUGAGUGGAGGAGAGAGGACAGAGGGAGACCCCAGGGAGGAAGGCAAAAGGGGGCAUAGAGCAUUGAAUGGACCCUAUGGAGGCAGAGAGAUGAGGAGAAACUUGAUAGGACCUGAAGCAACUUUUCUCAACCUCUGUCUGGCUCUCUGGUGCCCACCCCUACUUUCAUCCAAGAGCCACAGUCUCCUCUCUGCUCCAUACAGCAGUGUGAAUGACAGCACCCCAGAAUUCACUGGGGAAUCCCUGAACUUUGGCAUUUCAUUUGACACCAACCCAGGCACUGUACAGUUUCACCUGUCCCCCAGGUGCCUCCAAGGCUCAGCAGCUGGGAAAAAGAUUCCAGCAACAGAAGCAGCAUCAGCCCUGGGGUGAUCCACUUGGAGUCUCUGCCAGUUUCCAGGUUCCUGCUUGAUGGCCCUUGCCCAAAGCCCACAAUGUCUUUUACCCUCAGGCCUCCUGCCAUGGGCACCACCAGUGGGGCUGUUUCCUAUAUAUUAUGUUUUGUUUUAUAAAGAGCCUGUUCAGCCCAUGCACUUCACUUUCUCUGUUCUUUUAGCUGCUGUUCUUUUUUGAACCACAUGGAUCCUUUCCCUACUACUCCUUCCUCCACACUAGCUUUGUCAGCAGUGUCUCUUGCACUCCUACUGGUUCCCCUUGUGCAACCACACAUUCACCAAUGACCCUCAUUUAACUGCAUACAAAGGGCACUGGAGUCUGGACCUUCAGAAUGGAC